CCUGUUGACACCAGUGUUUGUUUACGCGCUGACUGUAUUGUAAAAUGCCGCAUUGUGCUGCUUUUGGAUGCAAUUUCCAGUCCAAAGGCAACAAGGGGACUGGUGUGAGUUUACACAGCUUUCCUACUGACAAGAAGAGGAGAAAGCAGUGGGAAGAUGCCUGUGGAAGGACACAACUUCCAAAAGAUCCACGGCUGUGUUCCCGACACUUUUCUCCUGGUGCGUUUGAGGCUUAUAGUCGACCACGACUACUCAAAGAGCUCACCGGAGCGGCUGGGUAUGAGAGAAGGCUGCAACUAAACGCUUUACCGACCGUUUUCCCUCACAAGGAGCCUAAACUUCCUCGCAAGGAACGUGAAAUGCGCGCUAAAAAUCAUAAAAAUCGCCACAGACCAGAGACGCUGGCCGCUGUCCUGAGCCGACAUCCCGCUCCUGCAGCUGCCGCUUCCGGCGAACCAUCGGACACGCCACUCGUCACGGAUGAAGCUCAAAAUUCACCUCUCCCGUCAUUAAGUGUAGCAACACAGUAUUCUAACUGUACCGAUGCUGCCACUCAGACCGAUUCAGACACGCCGGAUGCAGCGGCGCAGUGGUCAGCUGAUGUGCAGCGGGUUGUUACCGGGGAGCACGCUUACGCAGAGAAACGUGGGUUGGAUCAGCAGGAAGAGGAGGACACCGGGUGCCUGGGUCUGUUCUCCUCAGGCGAUGAAUGCAGCGAGAGCAGUCAGCCACUACACAAAAACCCUGAUCCUGAAUACAUUUUAAGCUCAUCAGAGCCUUCCCAGAGCUCCCAGGGAUCACAUGCUUCAACUGCCACUGAAGGAGACAGAGUUUUCCUAGUUUUUGAGGAAAAGUUAAAACAACUACUUCAGCAUUGUUUAAAGUGUGGUUCCUUGAUUGCUCCUGAAGAUGUGAAAGAGCUGCAAAAGGAGGGAUCACCGUUGACGUUGGAGCUCACAUGUGCAAAAGGCUGUAGUGACAGGUGGCAGCCUCAGCCUACUCUGAGUGGGACCAAGGGGAAAGGCUGUUUACCGAGAUGGGGAGCGUGUUGGUGAACCCAAGUUCAAAAUCUCCUGGAGCAAAGUCCACAAGAGAUUCAGAGCAAGACCAGAAGGACUGUGGAUACAUGGAGGCUAUGGUGGCCGACGUUCUCUCCUCUGCGUCAGAUUAAACCAGGACAUGGACAUGAGAGACACUCAAGCACAUAUCAUGGCUGCCCAGAUCACUGAUCAUUGCUCAAACACAGCAGUUCUCACGUUUCUAGCAGUUCAAGCGUCGUUACAAACAUAUGAUGAGCACAUCGUCAUGUUUUACAUCCACAUUGAAUUUAAUUUUAGGAAUGCAAGGACACAUUCUAAAAAGCAUAAAACAGAUUUUAGCGCUGCAGGCUACAUUUUGUCUAAACAUUUUAUUUUUGACUGGUAACAUUUGUUUUAUACACUACUUUGCUUAACAUUGCAUAACUGAAACUGAAAAGUUAAAAGAUUGAAAGUGAUUAAAGUGCCCCUGAUAGAAUGGAUUCAGAUGUUCAGCUGUUUAAAUGCUAUUGAAAUCUCUCCAUGAUUCAUCUACUUCUGCAUCAUCACUGUCUACAUCCUUAAAGCCUGUAUAGAUUCCACUUGGUUCUGGGUAGAAACGUCUUAUUCAGUGAACUGCACAUGCAGGAAUGACUCUUCUACCCAGUCUGCCAUGCAUCCACCAUGUAAACUGAGGCGUCUCUGUUAGACCUGCAACCAUAGCAUUCAUUAAAAAGGUGAAUUUAUGACAUAACACUAGACUGUUGUCCUUAAACAAUAAAAAUGUUAUUGUGGGUAUAAAUCAAUAU